GUUAUAUACUUUUUGUCUGUCAGUUGUCAUUAUAUUUUGACUGGUCGGUUGACGGAUUCUUUUUAAAAAUUUUUGCUGUUUCGUCUGCAUUUAUUAUUAUCUUUUCUGUAGUGAUUUAAUAUUCGCAAUUUACCUAGAUGGACGUAGGAGAAUCAUUUUUGUCAUGUGGAGUAACUGUAGAGUGGACUACACCCGAAGGUUCAAUUAUCAGAAAGGUGACUUACAAAACUGCUUCACUUCGAUUAAUUCGCAACGAAUUUCGAGAAAUGUUUAUGGAAAUAUCAAAUGAUAAAAAUGCCCCUAUUCGCUUAGCAUUGAAAGGAAUAAAUGUAUUUAAAAAGUUUAUGAUAGAAGGUAAAGCUAGUGUAAAGUUUCAAGAGGUAGGAUGCACUUUAUUUAUUUCAAAUGCACCACCAACUAACCUAGUUUCGUUUCUGCGUACGAUAUUUGUAAAAAUGACUGGUGAUAAAGAAAAAAUCGCAAAUACCACGCUCUCAAAACAGAACAUGAGAACUAAGUUGCUAAGUGGUAAAGCGCAAGCUUUUGAAGAGAUCAGUCCUGUGACUGUGGCCGAUAUACACAACGCUAAGAGUAAAAUUCCAAAAUCAACAAUUACGACGCCUUCUCCACCUUCCAAGAAGCGUAAAUCUGAUGAUAUUAGCAGAGGACCAGCACCUAAAAAGUUGUAUUCACCUUCACCAUUGACUAACAUGAGUUCGUUAAAUGCAGAACAGCAGAGAGUUUUAGAAGCAUGCCUUAGUGGCAAGAAUAUUUUUUUUACGGGUUCUGCAGGGACAGGUAAAAGUUUCCUACUGAAAAGAAUUGUGGCAGCAUUACCGCCUGAUGUAACUGUGCCUACAGCUUCUACUGGUGUUGCAGCUUGUCAUGUUGGAGGCACAACAUUACAUGCAUUUGCUGGUAUUGGAGAUGGAAGUGGUUCAUUAGAAGUUUUAUGUGAAAGAGCUAUGAAAUUGCCUUUGGUUACACAAAAAUGGAGAAAAUGCAAACAUUUAAUCAUUGAUGAGAUUUCUAUGGUUGAUGGAGCAUUUUUUGAGAAAUUGGAAGCAGUGGCUAGACAUGUAAGAAAAAAUGAUAAACCUUUUGGAGGAAUACAGCUUAUACUCUGUGGCGAUUUUCUACAACUGCCUCCAGUUGUAGACAAAAAUAAAACUGGUAAAAGAUUUUGUUUCCAGUCACCUUGCUGGGAUAAAUGUAUUGAUCUAUGUUUUGAAUUGAAAGAAGUACACAGACAAAAAGACCAAGAAUUCAUAACAAUACUCAAUAAAAUAAGAAUAGGUCAUGUGACAAACGAAAUUAGUGAAAGACUUAUAGGUACUUCUAAACAAAAAAUUGAGAGUGAUGGUAUUUUAGCUACAAGGCUAUGUUCUCAUACAAAUGAUUCUAAAAUGAUAAAUGACUCAAAAUUAGCAGAUUUAGAAGGAGAUGAGAAGAUUUUUACAGCACAAGAUAGUGAAAAUUCGACCAAAAUACUUGACAUGCAAACAAUCGCUCCAUCAAAAUUAAUAUUGAAAAUAGGAGCACAAGUUAUGUUAUUGAAAAAUAUAAAUGUUAAUGCUGGGUUAGUAAAUGGGGCUCGAGGUGUAAUUGUGAGGUUUGAAGAUAGCUUGCCUGUUGUUAGAUUUAAAAAUAAAAAAGAGUAUACAGCAAGGUCAGAGCGAUGGUAUGUUAAAAAUUCAAAUGGUUCUUUGCUAUGUCGUCGACAGGUGCCUCUAAACUUAGCAUGGGCAUUUUCUAUUCAUAAGUCACAAGGACUGACUUUAGAUUGUGUAGAAAUGUCUCUAUCUAAAAUAUUUGAAGCUGGUCAAGCAUAUGUAGCCUUGAGUAGAGCUCAAAGUUUAGAUACAUUAAGAGUAUUAGAUUUUGAUUCUCGUCAUGUGUGGGCUGAUCCAAAUGUUCUUGAAUUUUAUCAAAAAUUCCGACGCCGAUUACAACAAAUGGAGAUUAUACCUCUGGGUCGACCACUAAAAGAUACAAACAAAGUGAGUAAAAAGUUAAAAUUAAGAGAAAUAAUCGAAAAACAAUUACGAAAAAAAUAAGACUGAAGUAUUUGUGAUAUUAAAGGAUAUAUAGAUUUAAUCAUUCCUGAAACUCAAUCAAAUUUCUAUUGAAUAUUUUAUUAUUCUCUUUUUAUGUAAAUUGGAUAUGCAAUAUGUAAAUAAAUUAUUUAUGAAGAA